AUGGAGGAAGGCAAGAAGCCGGCAACAGCCGCAGACCGAAUGAAAGCCACUGGCUCCGUCCUGGCGCGAGGACUGGGUGCCACAGCCGAGGCGCCAAAGGCCAAGGCGAAGCCGGCCGCGGCCGUGCCGACCACCUCCAAGUACGCCGGCUCCGCGACUAUGACCCAGGCCGCCCCCACCAGCGUGCUGAACAUCGUCAGCGGCAAGCCGGUGGCUGCCGGCGAGGUCGCCAGCAGCGCUCAUACCACCAGCUCCGUUGGCCCUGCCAGAGGCUACGCCAAGGCGGCCGGUGCCGUCCUGCCCACCAGUACCACAGGUGCCGAUGGCAAAGCAUUGGAUGUGCCCAAGAUCGGGCCACCUGCCGUGGCCGUUGGGCGCGCCAUGGCUGAGGGACGUCCCGCAGUGUCUAUGGCUGGUGGCAAGUUGGUCACCACCAUCAGCAAGAAGUUCCAGAUCGUGUUCGUGACCAGCGAAGUGGCGCCUUUCUCGAAGACUGGAGGCCUGGGUGAGGCCAUGGACGGCCUGCCCAUCGCGCUCGCGGCCUUGGGCCACCGCUGCAUGGUCAUCUCUCCUCGCUACGACCAGUACAAGGAGGCCUGGGACACGGGCUACUGGGGCUCCGUGCCCAUGGGCGGCAAGAACGAGUCCGUGCACUUCUUCCACACCUACAAGCAGAAGGUCGACUACGUCUUCGUCGAUCACCCCACCUUCCUGGAGCGCGUCAACGGACUGACAGGUGCCAAGCUGUACGGCCCGGAGUGGGGUCAGGACUUUGCAGACAAUCAGGCUCGCUUCGCCUACUUCUGCAAGGCCGCCUUGAAGGCCAUUCAGGAGCUUCCCCUUGGCGGCGCCGUGUACGGCGGCGACUGCAUGGUCGUCUGCAACGACUGGCACUCGGCCCUUGUGCCCAUGCUCAUCCACGCCGAGAAGCCCACAGGCAAGUGGACCAACACGAAGUCCGCCUUCCUCUGCCACAACGCCGUCUUCCAGGGCCGCUUCGUGCGCGAGGAAGGCCUCGCCAGCGUCUUCGGAGUGCCGGAGCGCUACAUCGACAGCAUCACCUUCAAGAUGCCUUUGCGCAUUGGCAAGUACAACGAGAAGAUGACCUGCAUCAACACCAUGGCUGCGGGUCUGCGUUACGCCGAUCGCGCCCUGACCGUGUCUCCCAGCUAUGCCGUGGAGUGCUGCACGGAUCCGGAGAAGGGCGUGGAACUGGAAGACCUCUUCAGCCUGGGCAAGUGCACAGGAAUCCUGAACGGCGUGAAAGAGGGCGUGACCCCUAGCGACAAGAACUUCGUCACGAAGACCAUGAUGAGCUGCGGAAUCUUCACCGCUGCCACCGCCCCGGAGGCAAAGGCAGAGCUCAAGGCCACUUACCGCGCGCAGAACAACCUGCCGGCGUCCACCGGCCCUCUGAUGUGCUUCAUCGGGAGGCUGGAUGCCCAGAAGGGCUACGACCUGCUCUUGGAGGCCCUGGUGGAGAUCCUCGAGGACACCGAGCUCCAGGUCGUCAUCGUCGGUUCGGGUCGUGCCGACCUCGUGGCCCAGACCAAGGCCGUCGAGAAGAAGUUCCCCAGCAAGUUCUUCUACGCAGGCUGGAUGGGCCCGGAGCGCUACGCCUUGCUGGCUGGCUGUGACUACACGCUCCUUCCGUCCAGGUGGGAGCCUUGCGGCCUGGUGCAGAUGGAGGCCAUGCGCAUGGGAACGCUGCCCAUCGUCGCCCCCACCGGCGGACUCAAGGACACCGUGGAGGAUGGCCUGAAUGGGCUCUGGACCGACAAGGAGAUGUCCGUGGAGGCGGUCAUCGACGAGGAGUCCGUCCAGUCCAUCGCAAAGGCCUUGAAGCGGGCCUCGAAGCUCUUCAUCGAGGAGCCUGAGAAGGUGAAGGCCAUGACCCGGGCGGCCAUGGCCGCCUCGGCGGAGUUCACCUGGAGCAACGCGGCCCUGCAGUACGAGGCCGUCUUCGAGGAGCUUGGAGUCAAGGACAUGCUGAAGGGCCGCACUGCCACUGUCACGCUGGAGACGGACAAGCAGGUGUGCUAA